AUGGUCCACCACCAUAGACCCACAAGGACCGCCAACACUGACCACCAUAGACCCGCAUGGUCCACCAACACUGACCACCAUAGACCCACAUGGUCCACCACCAUAGACCCGCAAGGACCACCAACAUUGACCACCAUAGACCCGCAAGGACCACCAACAAUGACCACCUAUGACCCACAUGACCCGCAAGGACCACCAACAAUGACCACCAUAGACCCGCAUGGUCCACCAACACUGACCACCAUAGACCCGCAUGGUCCACCAGCUAAACCAUCAGGUUUCCAUGCUGGUCUAUGCAGUUUUUCCAUCAGGGCGUUCCUUCAAGUCCCGGCGGACGACGAUUGUUUUGAUACGGUCGUCAUCUGCGCUUAUAAGCAGAACAUAUAUAAGAAGCAGUGUGACCCGCAAGGACCACCAACACUGACCACCAUAGACCCGCAUGGUCCACGAACACUGACCACCAUAGACCCGCAUGGUCCACCAACACUGACCACCAUAGACCCGCAAAGACCACCAACACUGACCGCCAUAGACCCGCAUGGUCCACCAACACUGGCCGUCAUAGACCCGCAAAGACCACCAACACUGACCACCAUAGACCCGCAUGGUCCACCAACACUGACCACCAUAGACCCGCAUGGUCCACCAACACUGACCACCAUAGACCCGCAAAGACAACCAACAUUGACCGCCAUAGACCCGCAAAGACCACCAACACUGACCACCAUAGACCCGCAAGGACCACCAACACUGACCACCAUAGACCCGCAUGGUCCACCAACACUGACCGCCAUAGACCCGCAAAGACCACCAACACUGACCGCCAUAGACCCGCAAGGACCACCAACACUGACCGCCAUAGACCCGCAUGACCCGCAAGGACCACCAACACUGACCACCAUAGACCCGCAAGGUCCACCAACACUGACCACCAUAGACCCACAAGGACCACCAACACUGACCACCAUAGACCCGCAAGGGCCACCAACACUGACCACCAUAGACCCGCAAAGACCACCAACACUGACCACCAUAAACCCGCAUGGUCCACCAACACUGACCACCAUAGACCCGCAAGGACCACCAACACUGACUGCCAUAGACCCGCAAAAACCACCAACACUGACCACCAUAGACCUGCAUGGUCCACCAACACUGAUCACCAUAGACCUGCAUGGUCCACCAACACUGAUCACCAUAGACCCGCAUGGUCCACCAACACUGACCACCAUAGACCCACAAGGACCACUCACACAGUUACUUCCUCUUGGGAAUCCAACUGUUACAAAGUGA